CGAAGGAUCCGGAUGAGGCCCACGACCACGACCACGACCAGCACCUGAACCAGGAUCAUCCAAAAAGAACAACAACACGGCAACUGUGCAGCAGGUGCCGUUUAUGUUAGCAAAAAAAAAGCACACCAGUGCUUAACAUACUUUUCCAGUGAUUGUUUGCCGUGUGUGCGCGCGUGCUGUGUUUGUGAGUGGCGUGUUUCCGCCAGCACCUAUUAGCACCAAGCACCAUCGGCAAAUCUCGAAUCGAUCUCGGGCCACAUACACACACACACACACUUGCGCACAAACACACACACAGUCAGGCACACCGGGCACGAUCCGAGUUUGUAGCAGCACGCCAUGCACGAUACUCCUGCACCAACACCAGCAAGUGCCACUUGAAGCCACGGUGACGGCGACGGUGGUGGGCCCUCGCGCGAUCGCGAUCACACGUGCCCGUGAUUUGCCCCGUGAAACGAAAGGGGCCCGUGGCGCGGCGACAACCUCGUAGACGUCGUCGUCUCUCCGGAUACGCCAGCCUACGCCUUCCUAUUCCUUUUUUUCGGCCCCCCCCCUUUCUCCCCCCUCGUCUCCCUUCUCCGCCACCCCCCCCCCCCCACUGUGUGCUCACACUUUGGGGCCCGGAAUGGCCAACACUGCCCAUCUCUUCCGCAGACAGAGCUCCCGGGAUCUGCUGCAACAGGCCACCGUCCGGAGCUUGGACGAGCUCGAGCUAAGGGAGCUACGCAGUCGCCUGGUACGGGCGGAGAACGGAUCGCACCGCAAUGCACCGGUGUACGGUGCGACGAACCAGGCGUUCAUCAGCGACGAUGAUCCACCGAUGGCCCAGAUACUGGACCUUGGGCCGGCAUCGUCGAGUGCCGGGCCACGGCAUCACCCGGCCCCAACCGCCACCACCCGGAAGCUCGCGAUGCAAGCGUCGAUCGUGUCGCAGCACGAACCGGCGAUCGUGGAGAAGCCGGAAGAUGAGCGGGAAAGCUGGGACAGCAAGUGGACGUUCCUGUUGGCCACCAUCGGGUACGCGGUCGGUUUGGGUAACGUGUGGCGGUUCCCGUAUCUGGCGCAGAAAAACGGUGGUGGCGCUUUCCUGGUACCGUACUUUAUCAUGCUGCUGCUGCAGGGCCUCCCCAUCUUCUACCUGGAGCUGGCGAUCGGGCAGCGGCUCCGGAAGGGUGCGAUCGGUGUUUGGCACGAGGUGUCCGCUUACCUUGGCGGUAUCGGUAUCUCGUCCGCGUUCGUCAGCUACAUUGUCGCCCUGUACUACAACACCAUCAUCGCCUGGUGUUUGAUUUAUCUGCUGCACAGCUUCGAAUCGCCGCUCCCGUGGGCCGACUGCCCGAAGCGCCUGUUCGCCAACUUUACGUACGACGUGGAGCCGGAGUGUGUCGUUUCGUCACCGACCAAGUACUACUGGUACCGGGAAACGCUGCAGGUAUCGCACAGCGUUGACGAACCGGAGCAGAUCAACUAUACGGUGGCGAUGGCACUCAUUACCGCCUGGUCGCUGGUGUACCUGUGUAUGGUGCAGGGCAUUACCGAGUCGAGCAAGAUCGUCUACGUUACCGCCAUCUUUCCGUACGUCGUGCUCGUUAUCUUCUUCUUCCGGGGCAUCACACUGAAAGGCGCCCUGGACGGUAUCGCGCACCUGUUUACGCCACGCUGGGAGUCGAUCCUGGAGCCGGUCGUGUGGCUCGAGGCGGGCACACAGAUCUUCUUCUCGCUCGGCCUUGCGUUCGGGGGGCUGAUCGCGUUCAGCUCGUACAAUCCGGCCAACAACAACUGCUACCGCGAUGCGCUCGUCGUGUCCAUCACCAACUGUUCGACCUCGAUGUUUGCCGGCGUCGUUGUCUUCUCCGUUAUCGGUUUCAAGGCUACCUCGAUCUACGAUAGCUGCGUCGCCGAACGGACCGAGAUGGUGCGGCUGAACAAAUCGUCCGAGCUGCUGCCAGUUUGCGAUCUGCAGAAGGAGCUGGAAAAUAGCGCAUCCGGUACCGGGCUGGCGUUCAUCAUCUUCACCGAGGCGAUCAACCAGUUCCCGGCGGCCCAGCUGUGGGCGGUACUGUUCUUCCUGAUGCUGUUCACGCUCGGUAUCGACUCGCAGUUCGGCACACUCGAGGGUGUCAGCACGUCGCUGAUGGACAUGAAGCUCUUCCCGAACGUACCGAAGGAGAUGAUCACCGGGUUUCUGUGCGUCUCGUGCUGCGUGAUCUCGAUGUGUUUCGCCAACGGGGCCGGCAGUUACAUAUUCCAGCUGAUGGACAGCUUCGCCGGCAGCUACACACUGCUCAUCAUUGCGUUCUUCGAGUGUAUCGGUGUCAGCUACAUCUACGGCAUUAAACGGUUCGCCGACGAUAUCGAGCUGAUGACCGGGUCACGGCCGGGACUGUACUGGAUGCUGUGCUGGAAGUACAUCUCUCCGAUUGCGAUGCUUACGAUUCUGGUGGCCUCGUUCCUGGAGCUCGCAUCCGAGGGUAGCAGCUACCCGGGGUGGAACGCACUCACCGGCACCACGGAUCGGCUCGAGUGGCCCCACUGGUGCAUCGUCGUUGCGAUACUGCUCAUUCUUGUUUCCAUCCUGUGGAUUCCCGGUGUUGCCAUACUGCGAUUAUGCGGCAUCAACGUGAUCGAGGACAGCGAACCGGCCUGGUUUCCGUCGGCCGAGCUGCGCGACGUCCACGGUAUCGUACCGCACGAACCGACGGAUAUUGAGAUCUCACUGUUCUGUAUACGUGCGGACGGGUCCGAGGGGCUCUGCUGUCCUACCUACGGGCCCCGCGAACAACCGCUCGAUGAGGAGGAGUAAACACGGACGUCUGACUUACCCUUUUUCCCCCUUUCCUUCUCCCCCCCCAUCACUCAAGCCUCAAGUUAUCGAUACACAAAACUACAUAAAUAGAUAUACAUAUACCGUUAUAUAUGUAUCUAUUUAUAGCUAUAUACAUAUUAUCCCCAUUACAUACACGUAGUACACACGGUGCAUAUGCUGAUUUGUAAAUGUGUACAUAACUACACAACACAUACCCUCCAAAAAGAACAAAAAAAAACUAAAAAAGAAAAGCAUGUCCAAUAAUGUCCCAGGGUGGGGUGGGCGGAAAAUAUGGUAGUUGUUGGUGAAGGGCAGGAAAACGAACCACCUCCUCCUCCUCCUCUGUAGGAAUUCAUUAACUCCGCAGCAUUUCGUGCAUCAGUGUGUGUGUUCCACAGUUAGUGUUGUAACCAAAAAAAAAACAAUUAAAACAAGUAAAAACUAGCGAGACAAGCAACAAGAUGUGCAGGAAACAGGGAAGCAGGGCAGAGAAGGGGUGAAGGAAGAAUGGAUCGAAAGGGGUUGGAUUGGAUUUGUAACUGAAUCGCAAUCGCGUCUCGACAAAAACCAACACAUACAUGGUCUGGUCGCAAUGUAAACAGGACUCUUUCCGUUGGAAAGUUUCUGAUGGCACCAUAUGAAUGUGAUUAUUUUUGUUUGAAAGGAACAUCCUUUAACCACUUUCAGUCAAAAUUUCAUGUCAUUUGGUUCACUGGAAGCAAACUUAUUGCACUUACCUUUCAAACAAAAAUAUCCACAUUAAUAUGGUGCCGCCAGAAAUUGUGCUAUCGGAAAAGUCCUGUCGCAGGACCAUGUAAGAACGUCCCAAAAAGUAAAAAACUUUAACGGAAAGCCAUUCCAUAGAACGGGUUGGUUUCGAUCCCUACAGGGGGACAGGUGACCCUCCGGUGCAGCACCUUACAAAAAAGAAAAAAAAACACCGACCUUUGGCAUAUCACUGUUUGAGAUCCCGUUUUCCUGUGCAGUUUCGGGGAAGUGUUUGUGUCGUCUUCACUGCAAUCGACGGUUGUUACUACUUUGAAAUGUUCUUAGUGCAGCGAUAAAAAUACGUAUCGGUCCAACCAUGCACCAUGCGCGGGGGGGGGGGGGGGGUGGGGCGGUGACUUAUGAGAUGCACAGUUAUGGGGUGAUCCUUAACGCGGGGGUGUAUGGGUGAAGACUACCGACUUGUAAGGCAACUAAUGACAAUAAUAAAACUAACAAAUUACAUCAGAUGAUCGCAGGAUCAAAGAGAGAGUUGAGAUAGAAAGAGAAAAAAAUGGGGGAGAAGAACAGAAAAAAAAAGAAAACACAGAAAGAGACCCCGAGUGUCGAGUGUCUCUAUACGUCAUCUCUUGAUUGUUGAAUGGUAUUUAGCGCAAGCACACACUGUUUUGUCUUUGUACAAAGGAUAUCACUAUACGAAUAAAACACGCAUGGUUAACCGAGUA